CGGUGACGGGCUGAAAAUGGCGGAUCUUUCGAAAUGCGGCGGCGGUCGCCGGCGCUGACGGGCCUGGGCUGCCCCCGCCAGUACCUGCUCUGGUCAUCACUGCCACUGCUACUAAAAUGGAGGUGGUUUCAGCCGAAGUCAACAGCUUGCUCCCCGAGGAAAUAAUGGACACAGGCAUCACUCUGGUGGAAGAUGAUGGCAUCGAGGCAGUUAUUGUGUCGUCGCCGAUGGGAGACUCUAUUCCCAUGGAAACGGAACUGGAAGAAAUAGUGAACAUAAGCUCCACCAGUGACUCCUCAGCUACGACUACGGUCACAGUCACCACGGAAUCGGUCACUGCCCCCAGCAGCCACUCGGGCGAUGCGACAGUGAACACCACGACCCCGAUGCCUGAUGUGAACGCAGCUGCAAAGCUCACCUUUCCCAGUGGCCUCCAUAAACUUGGUGCUCAGACCCCCGUCACUAUAUCAGCCAAUCAAAUUAUCCUGAACAAGACCACCGACAUUAAAAUAGGCAAUCAGAGUAUUAAACCAGAUGGUCAAAAGCUUAUUGUAACAACUUUGGGCAAGUCUGGCCAACCUAUUGUUUUAGCAUUACCCCACAGCCAACUCCCACAGUCACAGAAGACCGUGUCCCAAGCCCAAGGCGGAGACUCCAAGGUACAAGGCCAGCAGAUCAAAGUUGUUAUUGGAGGUCGGUCAGAAGUGAAACCUGUUGUUGGUGUCUCAGCUCUGACGCAGGGAAGUCAGCUGAUAAACACUACGGUCCAGCCCUCUGUCUUGCAGUCUCAGCAAGUAAAAACAGUACAGAUUGCGAAGAAGACCCGAACCCCAACUUCUGGCCCGGUGAUCACCAAGCUGAUAUUUGCAAAACCAAUCAAUAGCAAAGCUGUUACAGGGCAGACCACUCAAGUGUCACCAGUCAUUGCAGGUAGGGUUUUUUCCCAGUCUGCUCCAGGGACACCACCAAAGACAAUAACGAUCUCUGAGAGCGGAGUCAUUGGAUCAACUUUGAGUACCACACAACAGACACCGAAUAAAAUAGCUAUCUCACCUCUCAAAUCCCCUAAUAAGCAGCUAACAGUGGUGUCAGUGGCCUCCCAGCCUCCCAACUCCCCCCAGAAGACGGUGGGCGUCCCACUGAAUGUAGCGUUAGGACAGCAGAUCCUCACAGUGCAGCAGUCAGCACCCUCCUCCCCUGGGAAGGCUAUAGUCAACCACACAACCACCCAGGCUGUGAAAUCAGCGGUGCAGACCAUAACUGUAGGAGGAGUGGGUACAUCUCAAUUUAAGACAAUUAUUCCUUUGGCAACUGCACCCAAUGUUCAGCAGAUUCAGGUACCUGGAAGCAAGUUCCAUUAUGUCAGACUUGUUACUGCCACAACAGCCAGUAGUUCAACCCAAUCGGCCAGUCAAAAUCCCAGUACGAAUACUCAGCCUCUUCAACAGGCGAAGCCAGUGGUGGUGAACGCAACUCCAGUGCGUAUGUCAGUUCCCAUAGUACCAGCACAGACUGUGAAACAGGUGGUGCCCAAACCAAUCAACUCAGCUUCACAGAUAGUUACUACUAGUCAGCCCCAACAAAGACUUAUUAUGCCAGCCACUCCACUGCCACAGAUACAGCCCAACCUCACCAACCUCCCACCAGGAACUGUGCUGGCACCAGCACCUGGCACGGGGAAUGUCGGGUAUGCCGUCCUUCCAGCUCAGUAUGUCACACAGCUACCACAAUCAUCGUAUGUAUCUAUAGCAAGCAACACUGGCUUCACAGGGACAUCUAGUAUCCAGUCCCAAGCACGACUGCCAUUUAAUGGAAUAAUUUCUUCUGAAUCUGCUAACCGCCCCAGGAAGCCUUGCAAUUGUACUAAGUCUCUGUGUUUGAAAUUGUACUGUGAUUGCUUUGCAAAUGGUGAAUUCUGCAAUAACUGCAACUGUACAAAUUGCUACAACAACCUGGACCAUGAAAAUGAUAGGCAAAAAGCAAUAAAGGCCUGCCUCGACAGAAACCCUGAAGCCUUCAAGCCCAAAAUAGGGAAAGGAAAGGAAGGAGAGUCAGAUCGGAGACACAGCAAAGGGUGUAAUUGUAAGCGCUCGGGAUGUCUCAAAAACUACUGCGAAUGUUAUGAGGCAAAAAUCAUGUGUUCUUCCAUAUGCAAAUGCAUUGGCUGUAAAAAUUUUGAAGAGAGCCCAGAGAGGAAGACGUUGAUGCAUUUAGCAGACGCUGCAGAAGUUAGAGUCCAGCAGCAGACUGCUGCAAAGACCAAGCUAUCUUCUCAGAUCUCAGAUUUGCUGACAAGGCCAACACCAGCACUCAGCAGUGGUGGUGGGAAGCUGCCCUUUACGUUUGUAACCAAGGAGGUGGCCGAUGCAACCUGCGAAUGCCUUCUUGCGCAGGCAGAGCAAGCGGAGAAGACGGGCAAGUCAAAAGCUGCAGCGGAGCGCAUGAUCCUGGAGGAGUUUGGACGCUGUUUGAUGAGGGUUAUUAGCUCUGCAGGAAAGUCCAAAGGUGAUCCUUGUGCCAUGAACUGCUGACUCAUGCACAUGAGCCACAAUGAAGCGGACUGAAACAGAACACUUAAGGCACAGGGACACUUUGGUGUAGCAUAAAGGAUUUAAUAAUAUUUGUUAAUUUGGUGCUUGUUGUAAAUUGUCCCAUGUAAGAUUGAAACAAGACCUUUUAUAACAAGAUGUAGAGCCUUUUAAAUCUUAGCUAAAUCCUCUUCUACUUAAGACAAUGCCUAAAGGUCAAUUUUUCUUCCCAAUGUACAGCUUUUACCCUGGAUUUCUUAAAAUUAGAUGUGUUCUCCCCUUUCCCCCAGAAUAAUUGUCUGAAGGGCAUAUAUAAAUUAUUAUAAUAUAUAUUAUUUACAGUGUAUGGAUUUGCAUCACUGUGCACACAGGAAAACACAGGUGAUGUCAACAGCUGGGUCAUGCUUUUCGUGACAGACCUGUAAUAAGGAGGUACCAGUGUAUCAAAGAUAAUUCUGAAAGGAAGCAUGUAAAAAUGAGCAUUCAAAUGGAAGGUAGUACUUGUAUUUAGGACCUGACAUAGCAUGUUCCUUUAGUGCACGGAGCACUGUGAAAUACCUAGGCAAUAAUACAGAGGGGUUGCUUGCAGAUUUAGCAUUGAGCAAAUUGUGGAGAAUCUGGCUGGAGUGGGGCCCAAGGAGUUUAGAGGCAAAUGGAAUUAAUGGGAAUUUUGGAUAGGACUGUGGCUGAGAGCUCAGGUGUUUUUUAAGAUGGAACUCGAAGGCUAAGACAGUGUCUUGUUCUCAGAAAUGAUGCCACGUGGCAGCCAUGCCACAAUGCCAGACUGUCUGCCCAGCAUAGUGUUACCUAAGUGUGCAGCAGGUCGAUGCUGUUGCUUAGGUGAAGAUUGGUUUUUCAGAGGCCUGCAGCAGCCUAACCCCUCACUGGAAGUAGGGCUGUGCAGUCCGUUGUGUUCUCUAGGAUCAAGCUGUAGCCCUGGAAGCUGUUUAAGCCUGAGAAGCUGAAGUCAUGGGAGAUGACAAUCUGCAUCUGAAUCGACUAGCAAAUGCAAGUAGGGAUCAUAUUUAGCCUGGCUGUGCAUAUUCAGGAUGCUGCUUCUCGGUACCUUGGCAAUUUUCUUGGCAUAAAGGCUUUUUUAGGGUUGUUGAGAAUAAUUGUGAGAGCUGUGAUCAGAGAUGCUAGCACAGAAUCAGGAUUGCUAUGAAAACAGACACACAGAUCCUUUUACACUAAAUGGGGGGCAAUCAGCUAUAGCUGGGUAUGGACUAAGGCAGGGGAUUUUUUCAGUAUUUGUUACAGGCAAUCUCCGAUCACAUUUUUGAUAGUGAAACACAUUUGCAAAAUUAAGCUGGUAGGUUACUUACCUAUCGUGAACAUCCAUUAACCAUGUUUAAUGACAGGCAUUUUUAUUACUUAUCUCACUGCAGCCUGAACUAGCUAUGUUUUUCCAAAAGGUAUUUUGUAUUCCUUCUAUUAAAACUGUAAAUACAGAGAAAUGCAGCAGAGCUCUUUCUCCAGGCUUUCUAGCAGGGCCAGGCUGGGGAAAAGUAGGGCCUAGGCAAACCAGCAGCAGAGAUAUGUGCCUAUGUGUGUGAAGGCAAUAGGAUGGGAGGAUGCUUCACCUCACAGCCCUGUGCACUAAGCCCUUGACCAGUGCCUCCUCAAAAUGCCUUGGAGGCAUGAAAGGGCCUGGAAAGCAUCCAGCAGCAGUGCUGGGCCCACUGAGUGCUGCAUACAGGGCUUGGCCUGCCAGUCAUUGUCUGAAGGGCUCUGUCUGCCAUUAACAUCUCCCUGAGCGUAAAUAACAAGUAUACUUGUGCAUAUCUCUGAAAAGGGACCUCUCGUGUAAGGAGAUGCCAUUUUUCUCAUGAUUAGGACUUGGAUUUACUAAAAAAAUCAGUGCGGUAACUUUACCUGUAGAUAGUGCGGAUAUUCCGUUUACUUCUAGUGACCUAAUAUAGUAUGUCCAGUAAGAUUUGUAUAAAUGUAAAUUAGUGUAAGUGAAUAAAGUAAUACCUACUUAUUUUUCAAACAGAUUGCAAUAUGCCUUUUAUUUAGACUUCAAUCCAUGUUAAUUUUGUAUAUAUUCCGUGUCUUACUCUAAAUUGCACCUUUUGUGAUGUGUAUUUAUAUACAGUGUGCAAAAGCACUUGUGAAAUUUAGAUUACAGUUGUAAUUAUGUAUGAUGGCAUUGCUGGAGAAUAUUUUGCUUGUAAAGACUUUGAAGGUGCAAUCAAAUGCUCUUAGUUCUUCUAUUUUGUUUUGAACAAGCUUUCUCAAAUAUUAAGCUUGGAUUCCUCUCUCCCCUCUCCCUGGUGUAGAGUGUGUGAAUUGGUUUUUGUACUUCCUUAGCCAUUUGUAUCAAACCGCUGGACAAGAUUUACAGUCAUCCGGUUCAUCCAGUUAAAUAAAAAUAAUUGGGAAUGGGGCAAGGGUUCAUUUUAUAGUUCUGUUUACAUCCAAAAGUAGAAAAAUUAAAUUUAUAUUUACAAGACCUAUUCAAAAAAUACACUUUUCUAUAUUGUACAAAUAAAACAGUCAGAUAAAUCACAAAAAAUAAACAUUUAUACUAUUCUGUAAA